GGUUGAACAUUUGAGAACAUACUCUUUUUUUCCUCCUCUUGGACUGCUGACGCGUCCACCGGCUGUGCAGCUGGAGCACCGUGGCACAGCUUCCACCAUGUUACUCCACUUUCUAGUUUUAGGGGCCUUUGUUUUCCAGGCUGAAUGCUACUUUUCGGAGGAACUGUAUCCGGAGGAAUCGAAGAUGCAGCCUCCUACGGUGGUUAUCGCUAUCAUAGCCCGAAACACUGCUCACUCCCUGCCGUACUACCUCGGGGCUCUGGAGAGACUCAACUACCCCAGAGAUCGCAUCUCCGUGUGGGCAGCCACGGAUCACAAUGCAGAUAACACCACAGCCAUACUGAAAGAGUGGCUUACUGUCAUGCAGAAAUUCUACCAUUACGUUGAGUGGAGACCAAUGGACCAGCCCACGUCCUAUACAGGAGAGUUGGGUCCUAAGCAUUGGCCCAACACCAGAUAUGAGUAUGUGAUGAAGCUGAAGCAGGCAGCACUCAACUUCGCCAGGAAACGCUGGGCCGAUUACAUCCUGUACGCUGACACAGACAAUAUCCUCACCAAUCCGGAAACCCUCAACCUGAUGGUAGCCGAGAACAAGUCAGCCGUCGCUCCCAUGCUCGACUCUCAGGGAGCGUACUCCAACUACUGGUGCGGUAUCACUCCGCAGGGAUAUUAUCGCCGAACAGCAGAGUAUUUCCCCACGCGUCAUCGUCAGAGAAUAGGCUGCUUCCCUGUGCCCAUGAUCCACUCCACCAUGCUGCUGGAUUUAAGGAAGGAAGGCAUGACGAAACUGGCCUUCUACCCUCCUCACGAGGACUACUCCUGGCCCUACGACGACAUCAUCGUGUUCGCCUUCUCCUGCCGGGCCGCAGAGGUGCAGAUGUACCUGAGUAACAAGGAGCGCUACGGGUACGUGAACAUCCCGGCCAAACCUCACCACACCUUGGAAGAUGAUCGCCUCAACUUUGUCCACGUCCAACUUGAGUCCAUGAUUUAUGGUCCUCCAAUGAAGCCCUCAAAGUACGUCCAUAUGUUUCCCAAACAGAGAGACCUCAUGGGCUUUGACGAGAUAUAUCUGAUUAAUCUGCGACGGCGUGCCGACCGUAGGGACCGGAUGUUGUUCUCUCUGAACGAGCUGGAGAUCGACGUCAAGGUGGUGGAUGCUGUGGAUGGAAAUGCUCUGAACAGCAGUGACAUUAAGAUCCUGGGUGUUGACCUCCUGCCAGGCUACUAUGACCCGUUCUCUGGACGCACCCUGACCAAAGGAGAGGUGGGCUGCUUCCUCAGCCACUACUUCAUCUGGAAGGAGAUGGUGGACUUGCAGACGGACAAGGCACUGGUGUUUGAAGAUGAUGUUCGUUUCCAGGCCAACUUCAAGCAACGAUCCCUCAGACUGAUGGAGGAGGUGAAGAAGGUGGAGCUCGACUGGGACAUCAUAUACUUCGGCAGGAAGCAGGUGAAUCCUGGAAAGGAAGAGCCGGUGGAGGACGUUCACAACUUGAUAAUGGCCGACUAUUCGUACUGGACUCUGUCCUACGCCAUCUCCCUGCAGGGAGCCCAAAAACUGCUCAACGCUGAGCCGCUGUCCAAGAUGCUUCCUGUCGAUGAAUUCCUCCCCAUCAUGUAUGACAAACAUCCCAAUGAGGACUACAAGUCCCAUUUCCCCAACAGAAAUUUACACGCCUUCAGCACACGCCCCCUUCUGGUCCAGCCGUGCCACUACGCCGGUGAUCCCCAGUGGGUGAGCGACACGGAGACGUCGACUCUGUGGGACGACGACGCUGUGCGCACCGAUUGGAGGGGUUCCCACAAGACUCUGAAAGGGGCUGCAGCGCCACCCCUGUCUGCUGCCUACAAGGAUGAACUUUAGUGCGGAGCAGACGUAGCUGCGGCGAACUUGCGGGUCAAAAGGCCACGAGGUCAGAGAGACAGAUGCUGAGGAGAGAAAGUGUUCCCAGACUUUACUUCAGUGCAUUCUGUCUCACGCCACUGACAUGCUCAGUGCCAUUUGAACUGGACUUUUCAAAGCAUGUCAGCAAGUGUAUGUAUUGUUUACAUUUUGGGAUGUAAACAAUACAAGGGACAGUGUUAAGUGAGGCUGAAACUUCGGGUGUUUUAAUACUUGUACAAAUGUCAAUCAAACCUUCUCCCCUUUUUUUUAGACAUUUUUAAUAUUAUAGGAGUUUCUAAAGUUAUUAUGGCUGAUGUCAACAACAUUUGUGUAUGAAUGUAUGCUUGUGAUGCUUUGCGUGCUUGUGGUGAUUGCAUGUUUAUAAUGCUAAUUACAAAGCUUUUAGGAGGAAACCGAAGAGGUGGCUUUUAAAAAAACCUUUAUUUGUUAAUCUGUUGAGCUGAGGCUCCAGUAGCUGCACUGUUCAACACUCCUGGCAAGUCUGGACACAAGUGUGAUAUUGUUUUUGCUAUUAUUUCUUUUUUUCCCUUGGUGGUAUAUAUUUCUCCAUUUGUGCAUGUCUUCCAUCAGGACUGUUAAGAGUUAUAUUUAACACAAAGCUCGACUGACCCUAAUUAAUAUUUCCACUAGCUUCAGUUUUAAAGCUGAUGUACCUCAUGGUUUUUAUGGACAAUAUAAGACUGAAUGUUUGCAUUUGACAAUUUAAAAUGUUUUUGUUUUGUUUUUAUUUUAAGUCAUUAUUAGAUUACCUAAAAUAGCAUUGACUUUUUAAUAUUGAUUUUGUUUAAAUUAUUGUUCAUAUUUCAUAUUUAGCAAAACAAAUUGGAUUUCAAGGUCAGAGUUUGUGUAAUAUUUAUCAAGCACUCCCAAUUCUAUCACCACCAGGUCAUCUUUUACAUCUUUGACUUUUUAAUUGUAUGUUUUUAAGUAUUGAACCGACUUAUAUUAUAAAACAAAAUACGUUGUUCUUCACAUACACAACCCACAAAAUAUGUAUACUCUAACUAAGACAUAUCAGAAAUGACUCUAAAGUACAUUGAAAAACAGUUAACAUUAUCAAAACCUUAAAAGGUUUUUGUAUCAUUUCAAUUGAAUUCAACAGUAUCAGAAACAAAAUGCCUUUAUGUGGUUUCAGGCGAUUCACAUUAAAGGUACAGUAUAUUCCCAGCACUAUGAUACUGUACAGUUAUUUGUCAGUGUAGGUAAGUCUAACUUUGAUACACCUGGUGUUCAGCUUUCGUCCACUUCUUCUUUUUGGAGGAGAAACAUCUACUUUCCUGAGCUGCAUCUUGAAAAAAAAAAAAAAAAGUCCCCACACGUGUAGCAGAAGUCUGUAAAAGCCAUAUCAAAACAGCCUUUAAUACCCUUUUUGUAGCAUCACUGGGAUCCUUAAAUCUAGGAAUGUUUUGACAUUUGUCUUCACGGGGUUGCAAUGCAAGUAACUGUAGAAUAUUGUCAUUUAAAUGGGUGGAUUCAAAUUUCGAUGAUCAAGUUACACUAAAGUCAUUAUAGUCAUCUGUCUUUAUGAGCAUUUACGGUGGUCUAAUCUCAUGACUUCAUUUUCUGUCUGUGUUUAUGAGUGUUGCUUCAUAUGUCUUAAUUUAUUUGUUGAGUCUUUCUUGAUGUGGUUGAUGGAUGAGUCACACGACAAGAUGUAAAGCAAGCAAUCAAAGUGCAAUGGCUUUUCUGAUGAAAGCCUAUCUAUGUGUGUCUUUGAGCAAUACAGCUGUAUUUAGAUGUUAUGAAACAGGAUGUUAGAACAACCGUAUAGCCAAUUUUUUAAACCUUAAUGAAAAAAGUUUUGAUAAUGUU